AUGUUCCUUAUCGAUUCUUGCUCCAAACCCACCAACCCACCCACAGACACUGUUAUUUUCGGAAAGACAAAUGUAAUCCAAAAUAUAACCUUCCUUAAAUUCAUUUUCUUUCUUUCUUUCUUUUUAUUGUUUUCUUUCUUUCUUUUUUAUUGUUUUCUAUCUGUCUUUCUUUCUUUCUUUCUUUCUUUUCUUCUUCCUUUCUUUAUAUUUUCUUUCUUUUCUUCCCCUCUUUUUAUUGUUUUCUUAUUUUCUUUCUUUUUCAUUCUUUCUUUUUCUUUUUUAUUUCUUCCUUACGUUUUCUUCUUUUCUUUCUUUCCCUCUUUUUUUAUUGUUUUCUUUCUUUUUUCUUUUUCUUUCUUUUCUCUUCUUUUUUCUUCUUCCUUUUCUUUCCACCUCUUUUCUUUUUUCUUCUUUCUUUCUGUUUUUCUUCCACUUAUUUUUCUUGUCGUCUUUCUACUUACAUUUUCUCUCCUCUUUUUUAAUUUCUCUUCUUUCCUGUUUUAUUUCCCCUCUUUUUUCUUUUGA